CCUUCUUUGUCUGUGUCUUAUUGCAAUCUGAGAUCGAUCAACACAUCAAGCUGUGCUAGCUGGUGUUCAACCAUGAGAGGCCAUAUUUUUCCUCUGCGCACCUUCUCAUCAAGGUCCUCCUCACUUUUGAGGUCCUUAACAGCAUGCCACAACCAGAGGUACCAUAGCAGUCAAGUUAGCAAGGGAGAGCACAGCAGCCGCAUUAAUAUAGAAGAGAGAGCACCUUCAACAGCUGAGGAGUUCAAAAGAGUUGCUGAGGAGAAGCUGAAGAAGGCAGAGCAAGGUGUAGCCAGUCAAACUGUUGACAAGGCAUGUGAUGUGACAGAGGAAACUACCUUGGGUGACUCUAGCGUUGACUCUGUGAAGAACAGGUACAAGCAACAUGAACCUGGUGCUGAUUACAGAAGGAGGCCACAUGAUGACUGAAUAAUUUUGAUUGCCUAAUUAAUACUUCGUUUUGAUUUUCUGAGCAAUAAAAGAAAAUCUGGAUAUCAUAAAGAUUAAGAGCAAAGGGAAGCCAG